AUGAUCGUGAUAGGUAGCUCCGUUUCCGACGAAUCCACAUCGAGCGCGACGCCCAGCACCUUCGCGCAGGCGGCGGUGUCCACUACGCCGGAGCCCAUGGAUGUCAACGCUGUACAUUCCAAGCGCACUUCCGGCGGUACAAGCACCAGGUUGUGCUACAGAUGUGGAGAUCACCAUGGAGGAGAAUGUCGUUUCGCUAACGCAAUCUGCCGUUAUUGUAAGAAGAAAGGACAUCUGGAAAAGAUUUGCCUCGCUAAGAAAAAAGGGGGCAACAGGACCGUUAACUACACACACAUUGAUGAGGAGCAAGAUGAGUACAUCGGUGGUAUCUACAACGUGGACACGGACAAUCGCGUACCGCCGUUCGACGUGCAGGUGGCGCUAAACGGCGCGCCGCAGCGCAUGCAAGUCGACACGGGCGCCGCUUACUCGCUCCUCAACGAGCGCACGUGGCGCGCGCUGGCGCGGCCGCCGCUGAGGCAGCCGCCGAUCGCGCUGCGCACUUGGACGAGCGCGCCCCUCGAGAUGCUCGGGCAGACAACUCUUCAUGUGCAGUAUAAAGGCAUUACUCGUGAUUUAAGUGUUUUUGUCGCUAAAGCAUUGUUAGCCGGAAUUCAGGGGGUAGCGGUCCUCAUAGACGACAUCAUCAUAGCGGGUCGCACUCUCUCCGAAAUGUGGCAACGUCUGGACGAGGUACUCACUCGUAUUGGCAAAGCUGGACUUCGGCUCAACCGCAACAAAUGUAAGUUAGCCAGACAAAAGGUUGAAUUCCUUGGGUACGUUAUUGAUACAGUAGGUAUUCAUCCAGCGCCAAGUAAAGUGGAAGCUAUUAUAAACACUCCAGAACCGCAAAACGUGCACGAAUUACAGGCUUUUCUCGGUCUUUACAACUUCUAUGAGAGGUUCAUACCACACAAAGCUACGAUGCUUGAACCUCUUCAUCGACUGCUCGACAAAACUCAAGCGUGGAAAUGGACAGUGAUCGAACAAACGGCAUUUGAAAAGGCUAAACACUUUCUAUCAUUUGAUAUGACUUUAGUUCAUUAUGAUUUAAAUAAACGUUUAUUGCUGACAUGUGACAGCUCGGAAUAUGGCGUGGGCGCAGUACUCGCGCACGUGAUGGACGACGGUCAGGAGCGCCCUAUAGCCAUGAGCUCGCGGACGCUACAUAUUCAUGAACCGCGUUAUUCUCAACUCGACAAAGAAGCAGCAUCGAUAAUGUUUGGCAUUCAAAAAUUCCACAAUUAUUUAAUCGGACGUCACUUUACUAUUGUGACAGAUCAUAAGCCGCUACUAGGUAUUUUUGAUCCGAAGAAACCAAUGCCUGGCAUGAUAUCACCUCGACUAACGAGAAUAGCUCUUGCUUUAACCGCACACAGCUAUGAAAUAAUCUACAAGCCAGGGUCCCAGAUCGGACAUGCCGAUGGUUUAAGUAGAUGGCCACAGCCAGUGCCUGACCAACCAGAACAAGAUCUCAGCGAGAUUUUACUUAUAGCGGAAACACCUCAAGACUUCCCUUUUGAUGCUAAUCAAAUAGCAAAAGAAACAAAAAAAGAUAUUACGUUGGCGGCUGUCAUGAAUCACAUAUACCGUGGCUGGCCUGCUAAAAUAACCGACAACGAGUUACGACCGUAUUGGCUUCAUCGUACAGAAUUAUCUCUACAGGAGGACUGUAUACUAUUAGGCUGUCGAGUGGUGAUUCCUCCUGCAUUGCGUAAAGCAACUUUACAAGUACUUCAUAGUACUCACAAUGGCAUUGUACAAACAAAAGCUCUGGCAAGGAGUUAUGUUUGGUGGCCACAACUCAAUGAAGAAAUUGAAAAGCUUAUUGGGAACUGUUCCAUAUGCCUGGAACAUCGGCACAUGCCACCUAAGACCAGUCACGAAUGGAUUACACUUACAAGGCCAUGGUCUAGAAUACACAUGGAUUUUGCGGGACCCUUCCAAGGAAAGAUUUUUCUGAUAGUUGUGGACUCUUAUUCUAGAUGGCCUGAAGUGUUCAUGGUCCCUAAUACAAGCUCGGCUACAGUCAUCAAACAUUUGCGUGGGUUGUUUGCCACCCAUGGUUUAUGUGAAACUAUUGUGUCUGAUAACGGCACAGCAUUUACAUCGGUAGAAAUGGAGCAAUUUGUUCAGGCUAAUAAAAUAAAACAUGCUAAGACUGCACCUUAUCAUCCUGCCACGAACGGUUUAGCUGAAAGGAUGGUUCAAACGGUAAAAAAUAAACUACGAAAAAUGAAUAAUUUGCCGUGGGAUGUGUUGAUUACUAACAUGCUCUUAGGUUUGAGAGCCACUCCUUGCUCGGCAACAAACAAAAGCCCGGCUGAACUACUUAUGAAUAGAAAGCUACGUACUUUGCUGGACGUGAUUCAUCCCAAUAAUAUAGCACAUAAAAAUAUAGAACAGCAAAUUGAUCGAAAUGCACAAGUGAAACGAAGAGAAGGUAACAUCGGCCAAAAAGUUAUGUACAGAAAUUAUGGAAAGGGUGCUAAAUGGUUACCAGGAACAGUAGUUAGUAAAGGUGGUCCUUCUAGUUACCAAGUUGAAACUACAGAUGGUUCAUUAGUAAACAGACAUAUAGAUCAAUUGAUUAAAACUACAGCAGAGGACUCAACUGUAACUGACAGAGUGUUGCCUGAAGAUGAAGUGAUAAGGGGAGAAGGUACAACAGAUGAAGAUAAUAAUGAUAAGUGUACAGAGAUGGAGAGUACCAGUGAUGCUGAUUAUCAGGAUGAUACUAUCAUUGAAAUACCUAGCUCUAAUCAAUGGGCUGCUAUGCUGGGAAUACCUCCAAUUGAACCAAGUCAAUCUGUAGGGAAAGUCAAUAAGAAAGUUAGGCAGCAUUCUAAGGCUCCUUAUGAUAGACCAGGGAAGAGUAACAACUAA